UAGAAAUAAACAGCUGCCUUAUAAAUCAGUUUUAAAAAUAAGAAAAAACUAACUGAAAUAUUUCUGUGAUAUUUAUGCAAUUAGCACAAGAAGUGUGCCAACCACUUAUAAGUUAGGCGGAGUAUAAACUUUACCAUGUAUACUAACCGAAAGAGCAAUCUUGUAGGAUUGAAACCUGACACUCCUACCUAGCAGAGAGCUAGCCUCUUAGUUCUAGCUAGUUCAGAUAGUCUACAUGCUACAGGCUUUUUAGUGAAGAUAACAAUAAAUACAACAAAGUUCAACAACUAUUUCUGAGAAUUGGGUGUGGAGUUUUCUAUGGAUUAACUGACCAUAAUGGUCAGUGAUUACUAACAAGUUAAGGUUAAUUCAUACUGAACUUAAAAAUGGAGUUAAGGAUGUAUAUUUUUCUGGCAUUUGUAGCCAAUUUAGGAUUAAUAAAAAAUGGUGAAUCAAGCGAAACAACUUUGGGACUAACUAAAGAGACACAAGAAGGUAUGACAGAUUCAGCUGUUACUAUAGCAACCGAUUCCGUAACUAUGGCACAUUCCACUACUAGAUCUAGUCAAAAAAUGAACACAAGUAGUCAGAGUCAGACUACAGCUCAAUUAGAUACAACAGUUGCUGAAAUAACAUUAGCAGCUUCAACAGAUUCCAGAGUAACUUCAGAGACUGCACUUAGUCAAAUAACCACAAACUCUGAGAAAGUUUCAAGUAUUAUUACAGACACUGAGUCAAAUAGUCAAUCUACUGCUCUUGUAACUGAUACAGGAACAGUUGCUAUGACAACAGAAGAUAAUCCUCCUGCUCAAACAACCUCUGAUUUUUCUUCAAACAGCAUGCCUGAAUACAGUACUAUAUAUUCCACAGAGUUAGAUGCCACAGAUAGCACAACUAACAUAAAAAUCACCACAGUAGACCAGACAACAUCUGAUACAACGACAACAAUAGACCAGACAACAUCUAAUACAAUGACCACUGUAGGUCAGACAACAUCUGAUACAAUGACCACAUUAGACCAUUCAACAUCUGAAACAACAACCAGAGUAGACCAGACAACAUCUGAAUCAAUAACCACAGAAGGUCAGACAACAUCUGAUACAAUGACCACAGAAGGUCAGACACCAUCUGAUACAAUGA